CCUGCUGUGUAUCUGGAGGGCCCAGAAUUGCCAUGCAGUGCACUUGUGAAUGACGAGGAAAAUCGGAGAGAGCAUCAUCUCCAAGAUCUGGGUGAGCCAGCAGAAUGAGGAAUCAGGCUGAGACAUAGCAGGCACGUUACUGAAACUUCUUGGGACUGAAAUUGUUGGGAGGAGAGGAAUAAAAGGGACAGCAGGUAUGCACCUUUUUAUGCAGUUGUCUGCAAUUGGGAUCAGAUCUGCAGGCUGUGGGGCUUGGGAAGUGCUUUGUGGAUUCGCAUAAAUGCCACUGUGAUUUCUAACAGGACAAAUUCAUGAGAGGAUGAUGCCUACUUCUUCCUUGCUUGCUGCUCUGUGUUAUCUUCCUUCUCAGAUUCACUUGUGCAAGCAACAGCUGCAUUCUCCUGUCCCUGGCUUGUUCAGUGCCGCCUCUUUCCAGAGUUACUUUCCAGGCUCAGCAUGGCCCCCGUUUAACCUUGCUCUCACAACAGCAGUUGCUAUUCCACUUAGCACAGUAGUACUUUGGCAUGCAGAAUUGUGUGGUUACAAGCUAGACCACUUCAAACAGAAUUUGAUGUGUAAGGAAACUCAUAAUUCUGCAGAAACAACAGUAAAAAAAUACUGUUAUCAUAAGCAUGUCAUUGUGUGUGAUUGCCAGUCCACUUACAGUUUCUACUGUAGUCGUUACCAUGUAGCAGAGUGCAGCACGUAAUUGGCUUUCAAUAAUUGAAUUUUGUAUUGUCACGUGCUGCAUAAAAAAUGCUUUCAUCUGACAAUAUGGUAAGAAGUAUAUUUGUAAUACUGAAGUGUACUUAUUGCAUUGCCCAUUCCUCACUGAAUUGAAAAAUGCCACGCAGUUAUAUUGUUCCUGUGGAAGUAUCUUCAUUCAUUUGGUAUUUAUUUUCUUCCAGACUCUAAAGUAUAAAAGUAUCUUCUCUCUAAGCAGUUAAUCUUCUGAUCUUGCUUCAAGCCUGUCCUUUGCUGCAAUGUCACUCAUCAGCUAUAGGUCAUUCCACUGUUCUUGAGCUUGCCAGGAAUUCUGCUGCAGUAACCGCUACAGCAGUGUGGACAACCCAGAAUAGCGAUGGGGCAGAACACCUGAGUUAUCCUGCAUUCUUACAGUUCAAGAAGGGAAGGGCUAAGGAAAAUAAUCAUUUCUGGCUGCCAAGCUGAUACACCAUCAGAUCAUAGCAGUCAUAACUGCCCCUGUUGCACAGUACCACAGGGCUGGCCCCUACCUCCACAGCUGCUCUCCUGGCAUCCCACUCAUUUGCAAGAUUAUGGAGAGGAGAACUGGAAAGCAAAACAGAGGCAGUUGUUUGACUCUCACUGUUCUACAUCUCUAGCUGCUUGUGAAACGAAUACAGAGACUUGUUUCGGUGUUGUGGUCAGCCUACAGCCCUUUCUGUAUUUAAUAAAGAAACUUCUGGAGAAGAGUCUGUGAAUUCAAUAUUGAGCAUAAUGUCCUUUACUGAUAGUGGUGGUCCUAAAGCUGUUGCCUGUCUUACUCCCUUUCCACAGAAAUGCAAAUGUAUUCAAAAUGGGGUGGAGGUGGGGGUGUGUUUGUACGUGAGCAUGUGUGUGUAGACAAUAAAAACAUAACACUGUACCUAUCAAACAUUAAAGUUCCAAAGCUUCACUGAUGUAGGACUUAGUAGAUGAACUGAGCACUCUUCUCCAAGUUCUUCCAGAAAUGCUAUUACUAGAAUAAGAAAUUCGGUAUAAGCAAAACACAGAGUUUUUAAAAGUUUAUUUUUUCCACUCCCAUGAUGCCUUUUAGAUACAAGCCAGUAGUUUGGUUAAUGGUUUGCAUUUCCGGCUAUAAGCUGAUGGAUGGUUCUCCACACUGCACUGAAUCAGUGCUCAUGUGGUUGUGUGUGUGUUAUACUGAAAGGCCUCUGGCAGACAUGAUUGCUCUGCUGGUUGUCGUGAUUGGUGUUAGAAGUAGAAUCACACAAUCUCAGAAUGGUUUGGGUUGGAAAGGACCUAAGUGAUGAUCAAGUUCCAACCCCUGCUGCAGGCAGGGCUGCCAGCCGCUAGAUAAGCACUAGGUCAGGUUAGUCCAGGGCCCUGUCCAGCCUGGCCUUGAGCACCUCCAGGGACGGGGCAUCCACAGCCCCUCUGGGCAGCUUCGGAAACUUCUGAAGGUCUUUGCAGUCUUCCAUAAAUUAAAGCAAUGUUGGAAAUUUUGAGCUGAGCACCAGAAAGGCAGUAUGUAUAUAAAAAUGGGGCAAAGCUGGCUGAAGCAGUUCAGCAUGUGAGAUGCACCUGUCCCUGUAGCAGGACUGGUGCUAUCUCCAUGGGUUAUGAGUGCAGUUCCCUGUACUGAUGCCAGUUGUGGCCCUAUGCUAGAAGGGGCAAUACUUUUUUGAAAGCUGCACUCUGACCUUCUUUGCACUGCGUCUUAAACAGUAUUUCUGCAUUUAUGCUUUGAGUAGUUCCUGUGAACUUAGAAAUGUUGAUCCAAAAGCUAUAGCUGCUUGGGAACUAGCACCUUGCCCCAAGUGCUCAUAGCUCAUCCACUGCUAAAAGCAAAUCUUCACUGCCUGUAGAACAAAGUCAUUUGUUUUAAUGUGAAAGUUAGUGGCUGACUUCUGUAGUUAUUCCCUGGAACUGGAAGCCUUGCAGAGACUGCUGUAGGAAGUUUUCUUUCAGAGGAACUCAGAUAAUUGCCUUCUUUCAGUAUGUUUUUUGUUGCCAGUUCUCAUGUUGAGUCAAGAUACAAAUAGUUACAAAGAGAAAAACAGACUGUAUUUAGAAUUUAGUUUAACCUAAUGUGGGAAUCAUGUGAGCACUAAUGUCUGUGCCUUUCCAGACCCUAAUAUGAUUGGUUGACAUUGAUACAGUUAGUAUGAAUAUCCUGUCACAGUACUGUCGUGCUGCUUGUAAUAGCUUCUAAAUGAUUUAGAAGAGCCAUGUAGCACCACGUCUGAUUUGGGAUACAGUCAUCACCACUGCAUGGCUUUUCCCCACCUACAGCUGUGCUAUCACUGUUGGCAGAUUGGUUGUCUGGUAAAAGUGGAAGCCAUGUGAGCACAUGUGGCAGAUGUGGAGCCUUGCAGGUUUUUUACAUGCGACCGGAGUGGUGUAUAAAGGGCGUGCAGAGAGCAGCCUGCCACCAUACACAUCCACUAGCGAGACAUGGGGACUACACUUGUGUUAGCAGGUACAAGAGGCUGGAGUUACAGGGCAGGGAAGCACAGAGGUUAUUUAAAUGCUUUCAGAGAGGUGGCUUCAGAGGGUCUGCACGUUGCAGGUGAGAAACCCCACACCUGUUGCAUUUCUGGCAAGCUUUUGUGAAAUAAUGGAACAGCACCAAUCUGACUUUUUGUCCUUGUGGCUGCCAGGGGAGCAAGUCUUUGCAGGGCUGGAGGAGCAAGCCCGCCAAGCCAUGAUGAAAAACAGCUUUCCUGGAGCUCUUGGGGACCAAAGGCCAGCUAUUCAUCCACUGCAAGACCGUGAUUUCAGCAGCAGUGGUAGUGAUGAUGAGGAAACCACCCAUGAUGAAGUUUCUUCCCAUACUUCAGAGGAGGAUGGCUCAAUGCUAAAGGUGAAGAAAGAACUGGAGAAUGCAGACCAACCUGCAGCUGGAAUCCCGCUGAUGAGAGAAAAUGAGGUUCCUGAGAGCUUGAAUGCUGACUCCAUGCUGGGACUGUCAAAGUGUCCCCUCUGCCAGCUGGAGUAUGAAAGCAGAGAGCAGCUCAUUGCUCAUGUAUACCAGCACACCGCAGCUGUGGUGAGUGCCAAGAGCUAUAUGUGUCCUGUAUGUGGAAGAGCCCUCAGCUCACCAGGUUCCCUUGGGCGACAUCUCCUGAUCCACUCAGAGGACCAGCUGUCAAACUGUGCAGUAUGUGGAGCACGCUUCACCAGCCAUGCCACAUUCAACAGUGAGAAGCUGACGGAGGUGCUCAGUGCAGAUCGCCUGCCUGUGCCACAGAGCGACGGCCCCUCCAGUGUCAGAGGGAAGGACAUUACCUUUCACAGCCCCGUGUAUCCCGCAGGCAUCCUCCUAGUGUGCAACAACUGUGCUGCUUAUCGUAAGCUGCUGGAGGCACAGACACCUGGCAUGCGAAAGUGGGCGCUUCGUCGGCAGAACGAGCCCUUGGAAGUGCGUCUGCAGCGCUUGGAGCGGGAGCGCACCGCCAAGAAGAGCCGGCGGGACAAUGAGACUCCCGAGGAGCGGGAAGUGAGACGUAUGCGGGAUCGAGAGGCAAAGCGCCUGCAGCGCAUGCAGGAGACAGAUGAACAGCGGGCGCGGCGGCUGCAGCGAGACCGAGAAGCCAUGCGACUGAAACGUGCCAACGAAACUCCAGAGAAGCGACAGGCCCGGCUCAUCCGGGAGCGCGAGGCCAAGAGGUUGAAGCGGCGCCUGGAGAAAAUGGACAUGAUGCUACGGGCACAGUUUGGCCAGGACCCCUCUGCAAUGGCAGCUUUGGCAGCUGAAAUGAACUUUUUCCAGCUGCCAGUGGGCAAUGUGGAGCUGGAGAGCCAACUGCUGGGCAAAAUGACUUUUGAGGAGCAGAACAACAGUACUCUGCAUUGAGCUGCAGCCAGAGACUGCCACCUCUGCUGUGUCUGUCACAGGCAAACCACCAGGCUUCCGUGUGCAGGGGGCUGCUAUGGCUCCCCAGAUGUCACUCCUGCAUAGGUAGUUCUGGCUUCCUCCUGAAGCAGGAGGAGAAUGGAGUUGAUUGAUGUCUGUCUGGGGCUGUGGUCUGAAGGUCAGCCACCGCAUUUGGACAGUGGGAAAAUAAAUUAAUGUUUCAUGUUUA